AUGGUCGUAAGGAGAAAGGACCCGUCUGGGUCUUUGUUAGCUUCCAGUAUGCAACCUUCUGUGGAAGAUGAUGUGCGUAUCGAUGAUUCCGACAAUUUGUCCGCACAAUGUGCGAGCUACAUGAAUAUGGCUACAAAUAUCAGAUCUUUCCUAGAUGAACUCCACCAGCAGACUUCGCCAGCUAACACAGACCUCGAGCACCACGGCAGCUAUGAAGAUAUGUCAAACACCUUGUCGGGGAGCGGAACAUUGCCACAUCCAAAGGGGAAGUACAAUGUCGAGCCCAAAGAUUCCUGGCCACAAAGGGGCAGAGUUUUGAGAAGGACCCGGAGGGUUCCCAAUCCACUUUCAAGAGCCGAAUCUCCAAAUCGAGCCAAUGAUGCAUCGAUUGAAGUCAACGUUCGGUUUAUGAAGAAAAGCCCAACCAGAAGAAGUGCGUUUUAUAAAGGCCGGUCGAGCUCCCUUGGUGAGUUAGAAGAUAUUGUUUUAGAACCUUUGGCGCCUGGCCGAAUGUGUGCCAGUGUCAAUGAAAUACUGGAAAGCGGCGGAGCCCCAGUCCCCUCAACUCGAAAGCCGCCCAUGAGAAGCACGUCCGACCAAUACAGCAUUAGAAGCAAGGAGAUUCCAUGGGCCACUCGUACCAGAAAGUUGGCCGCCACAAGCGACUCUAAGCCACGCUCUCAUGCCGAGACAGUCUCUGCUGGAGGAGUCAUACAAUCCGCAAGAAGUGGCCGGACACUUCAUCCAGAUGUGAAACGUUUACCCUCCUCGCCUCAGACACGGACCUCAAGUCACAAUGAACCAAAGGGCCGUGUGGAGAAGCCAUCGACAGCAUCGGUUCUUCCGCCAGAAAUAUUGACCAAGGUUUACAAGCGGCUCUCGCCUUCAGAUUUUAACUCUGCCAGGCACUCGUGUAGGUCAUGGUUCAUCAGUAGUUUGGAGCAUUCCUUAUUGGAGACAAUGCUGAAGCGAAGUCGGUGGUUUGCUAGCAUACAGCGAGAGUUGUUCAACAAUAAAUAUCUUGACGAUCACCUUCGCAUGACAGAUGAAUGGCUUAUGAGCAAGCACCUAGCUAAAGAAUGUGCUCUUGGGCCAGAUUGGCGGGGGAAUGGCAUACCAUCUCUACCAACAGAGAAAAGACCGACACACCCCAAAGGGGUAGCGAAUAAGACACCAUUCCGACUCAUCUCAAAACUGGAUUUUACCAAUAUGGGGAUUGAGCUGCAUUGGAUUGAUGCGUUGACAGGAGAGGGUCUAAACCGAUGGUUCCCACUUACAGCACCUAGCGACCACCUCUACUUUCUUCCUCCUAGAACGGGAGUAGAUUCAGCAAAGAAACUUCGCUUGGUGAGUAGCCAAGGCACACCAAGAGAGAGAGCCUCUGUGGGUGAGCGCUUCUCUGGGCACAAAAGGUCUAGCUUAUUCUCGGCCCAGGGCGGAUGGGAUGCUAACGACAUGUUCGUUAAUACGGAUAUUGAAUCUGAGUCUCGAGGCCGCAUCAUAAAUGGGAUCGAACAUUACCGGGCUGUACCUCUCAGUGACGGCUAUCAUCUGCUAUUCAUAGGUCCAAACUCUGGUGUUCUCUGCCUGGGAAGUGAUGCACCGUUUGGAGGACCAACAAAAUUGUUGACAAAGCUAUGGUUUUCUGGCCCCCUUGGUGAAGGCAGUCCAGUUGCCUAUGCAGCAGCCUGUGACCUUCGGUGGGGCGUCCGAGUUGUCGCGGCAUAUGGACUGGGUAAAGAACAAACUAUCUGGCUUUUCAGUGUCCCUAUAGAUGUAUUCACUGAUGGCCAUGGAAGAGGAGAGCAACCUCACAUCAUCAAUUCCUUUACUACCAUUAGUAGGGAAACGGCGAGGGGAAAUGCAGACUGGAUGCCUGUGUGGGGCAAUGACGGGGACCGCCUCCUGGAAUGGCCCACAUUCGGAUAUGGUAGCAGGACGAACACGAUGUGGCCACUGGAGGUUCGGGGCCAGCAGGUUGGUCAGUGCGCAGGACUCGUCGACUUAGCAAUUCACACUGGGUCAGGGGUUGGCGUUACUAUCUGGGCCUUUACCAGGCAAGGGGUGGCACUCACUUGGAAGCUUGACAGUGGAACGCCUCACCACGACCAUAUGCAGAGGUUAGUGGUGCAAGAUGGCACUAUUAGAGAAAUAGAUGGCAACGGAGAUAUCGAAAUGUGUGACCGACCUGCGUCACAUCCUGGUAGCGAUUUCGAUGCAACGCCCUCCCAACAGGAGCAGUUUGAUGGAACGGCUUCGGCCCUCUCCCCAAAGGUGACCAGGAGCUCUCGGCGCCGGCGCAACAGCUCGAGCUUAGAGCAAGAUGCUGAAGGGGAGGUGUUAAUGGAUAGUCUGCGUAAUCACGAAUCCCGAGUUGUCACUCAAGAUGUCCGCGAAGGAGAUUGUUUGAAGAGGCGUACUAGGUUUGAGACCGAUCAUUCAUUCGAGGCCGUUGCUAUGGCGAAUGAUCGCGAUGACCUCCACUACGGUUAUCGGCGUGAUUUGGUUGAGCAAUUGACAGGAGUGGCCAGGAUAGAUAUUGAGAUUAGGUAAGAGGGACAGAAGCAGCAUCUGUCUCUGGUUUGGUAUCAGGAAGUUGGUUAAAUUGUAUAGUUAUC